AUGAAAGUCUAUAUUACCAUAAAGUUUGGUCAAGAUCUUAUUUUUGCCUCUCUUCUCUUCUUCUUGCUUCUCUAUCCUUCUCUUGGUGUUGAUGUUGUUGGUGCUGGUACUGGUGCUGGUGCUUUGAACUCUGCUCUCUUCCCUCCUGCUCCUCCUCCCCCCAACUAUUUUCGCAUUUUUGACCAUUUGGCAAGUCUUUUCUCUGACUCUCACUUCCUCCUGUCUAAUCCUCUCCUUCUAGCUCCCUUCCCUCCUCUUCCCUCAAGAAUUUUCGCAAUUUUCACUAUUUGCCGUCAAAGCAAUCCAUUGAUGCUUGCUGCAAUAGAUGUGCCUCUAGUAAUCGCCCUUCGACUUUCAGGGACCAUGCUGGAAUUCACUGCCCCAUCUCAAAGUUUACUCCCUCAGCAGCUUCGCCAGUUUGCCACACCUGCCCAGAAACUGUUAAACAAAGGCAACGGAAUAGCCACUGAGCCGCCAUUCAAUGCUUUCCAGCUCAUGGAAGGCGUCAAGCCAAGGAUGGCAGCAGAACUACAUGAGUGUUUCGAAUACAAGGGCCUGAAUGAAUUAUGGCUAGCAGGGAAACAAGAUACCAAGUUUCAGGGAAAGAGUCGACCCCGAAUGAAUCCACAAUUGGCCAACAUUCUGAUGGUGGAUCAAAAAUUCAGUGAGGACAUCAGGGGGGCACUCAAUGUCAACUGUCAACAUUCGAAGCAGCAGGAGGUGGACGUUCUGCAGCAAUGCAGUCCACUGAAUGCUGCUCAAUCCAGUAGACAGGAGCAGGUACAACCGUACAUGGGUGGUCCGCAUCACUGCUUGAAUAACUGA